AUGGAGAAUUCCUCGUCCGCUUCGAUGCAAAAAACAAACAAGGUUUCCCUGAUCUUGUUGAAUGAAAUAGACAGCGAGGAGGUAAACGUGACAAAAACUGUUUUUUUCUUUGCACUGGGACUUGUCAUUAUCUUUGGUAACGCGACAAGUAUUGUGAUUUUUUGGCAUCGGAGGUUUUUCCUACAACGAUCAACUAUCCUUCUGAUGAACUUAACCGCUGCUGAUUUGUUGGUUGGAUUUGUGAUCAUUUUCACAAUGUUGGAAGACAUUUUACCGUCGUUCUUCAUCAGUAGAGAGGUUUAUUCAGAAAUUAACGUUGGCUUUGAUGCUUUUGCCUUGCUUAGCUCCAUCUUAUUUCUUGCCGCGAUUUCCGUGGAAAGGCAACACGCCGUUCUAAGACCUCUUCGCCACUUAUUUAUACCAACGUGCUAUUACUUCUCAGGUGUACUCACCGUGUAG